AUGCUCCGCAACGUCAAAAAAAACACCUGCGAGCUGUGCGGGAAAACGUUUUUGCUCAUUAAACCGUACAAAAAGCACAUGAAAAAGCACGAGGAAACCAAGCAAGACGAGGACUGCAAGUACGUUUGCAAUCAGUGCGGUAAGGAGAUGAAGACGUUGGCGAUACUGAAGGCGCACGAGCUGAGACACGGCGAGAAGAAGUUCUUGUGCACCGAGUGCGGAAAGGCUUUCUCCACCAAGCACAGUUUGCAGACCCACUUGCAACGGCACACCGGGGAGAAACCGCACAUUUGCAGCCAGUGCGGCAAGAGGUUUUCCAUUAAACCCCUACUUAAAAGACACAUGCUUUCCCACAUGGAUCUGCGGAAAUACGAGUGCAAGUUGUGCGGCAAAAAGUUCAAGUUCAAUCAUGUUUUGAAGAACCACAUGAUGCUUCAUGCAGGUUUGAAACCACACACUUGUGAGUUGUGUGGUAGGUCGUUUGCCGAUAAAGGGAACCUUACCAAGCACAUUGAAAUACAUACAGGGGAUAAUUAUUAUCCUUGCAAUCAUUGCGGAAAGUCGUUUACGAGGAAAAGGGACAGAAAUAAACACGAAAAGGAUAUCCAUAAUGUACCAUCAAUGCCUGGAAUUAAUCCAAACAGCAUUAUGGUUACUGGAUAUUCCGCAUUUUAA